UAAAAAACUCAACACUAAGCAGCAUCUCAACUCACCUGAGUCAAAUCAUGGCAAUAAUCUCCGAUUUUCAGGAAGAAGAGGCUAAAACCUCGACUUCUUCAUCUCCACCAGCGAAAGCGGUUACGUUUAACGCGAGCUUGGAUCCGUCCGAUCCAGUUGGGUUUUUGGACAAAGUCUUCGAUUUUCUAGCCAAAGAAAGUGAUUUUCUUCGGAAAGAGAACGUUGAUAAGGAGAUUGCAGCUAUUGUGAGAGUUGCGAAGGAGAAGGACAAGAAGAAGGCUGAAGAGGUGGCUCCGAAGGUGGAGAGAAAGGAGGUCAAGGAGGAAGUGAAGAGGGAGCCAACGAAAGUUGAUAAAAAGGAAGAAGAGAGUAGCUCUGGUAUGAAAGCUCCAAACAAAGGCAAUGGUAUUGAUCUGGAAAAAUACUCUUGGACACAAUCCCUGCAAGAGGUCACUGUUAAUGUUCCAGUUCCCAGUGGAACAAAAUCAAGGUUUGUUGUAUGCGAGAUAAAGAAGAAUCAUCUCAAAGUUGGACUAAAGGGCCAGCCUCCUAUUAUUGAUGGGGAACUUUUCCAAGCUGUCAAACCCGAUGAUUGUUACUGGAGCAUAGAGGAUGGUUGUGCACUGUCAAUCCUUUUGACCAAGCACAACCAAAUGGAGUGGUGGAAAUCAUUGGUAAAGGGGGAUCCUGAAAUUGACACUCAGCAAGUCGAACCAGAGAACAGCAAACUGUCUGACUUGGAUCCCGAAACACGACAAACCGUAGAGAAGAUGAUGGUAAUUAGUUCUGUCUUUUCUAUUAAUAUUUUGCGUUUGGAUGGUUUUUAUCUGCCAAAGGAAAUCAUGGUCGGUACUUGCCAUAAGAAUGGUGCUCUUUGUUGCAGUUCGACCAAAGACAGAAGGCCAUGGGCCUUCCAACCAGUGAUGAGCUCCAAAAGCAAGAAAUUCUGAAGAAGUUCAUGUCGGAGCAUCCUGAGAUGGACUUUUCAGGGGCAAAGCUGAUGUAAGACAUGGGAGUGGAUCUCAGUUUUUAUUUUCAUUUUCCCCCCCAAUGAUUUUGGGCGCAC